AAAUGAGAGGCAUCUCUACCGCCCGUCAUCCUCAGAAUUCCAAAUGGUUCGAUUUUUUAGAGGGGAGUGGUUUACGGUUUAAGACUGGGAGAUUUAUACCUGCAUGCUUUCAAACAUCCAGUACAGAAAUUCUGUCAAGCUUCGGACGUCAACGAAAAGAGGACACAACCUUUAAACAUUUCACGUCCGCUUAUUCCUCACCAACACGGUGACUUUGAGAGAGGUUUUUGGAUACCACUGAUCUUACCGGGACAUUGAACGCGCGGCACCGCUGGAGAUUACUGAAGAAAAAAGUGGUUAAGUCUUGUGUAAACUUCUCAUCGGUUUUACCUGUCCCAUCCCGACUGCGCCUCCGUCUGACUCUUCAGCGUUCCCAGUGUGAACUGAACAACUGUCCAAACCAGUCCAACCCAGCUCAAAGAGGUCACUGAAGUCGUGUGAACAUGGCUCGUCUGAGUGUCUGUGUGUCUGUCCUGGUGGUCCUAGCUACCCUGGCUGCCGCAAGACCUAAAGCAGAUCCAGAGCAGAAGUGCAAGUCAGGCCCGGUGGACCUGAUCUUCAUCAUCGACAGCUCCCGCAGCGUGCGGCCCCACGAGUUUGAGACCAUGAGGAAGUUCAUGAUCGACAUCAUCCACACACUGGACGUAGGAGCCAACACCACCAGAGUGGGAGUGGUCCAGUACUCCAGUCAGGUGAAGAAUGAGUUCUCCCUGAAGACCUACUCCAAGCUGGAAGACAUGGUGAAGGGCAUCAACGAGAUCAUUCCGCUGGCACAGGGCACCAUGACUGGCCUGGCCAUCAAGUACACCAUGAACGUGGCCUUCACCGCUGACGAGGGCGACCGUGCCAAGGUGCCCAACGUUGCUGUCAUUGUGACGGAUGGGCGGCCCCAGGACCGCGUGGCUGAGGUGGCGGCUGAGGCGAGGGAGAAGGGCAUCGAGAUCUUUGCUGUGGGUGUGGCCAGGGCGGAUAUGACAUCACUGAGAGCCAUGGCUUCACCACCAUUCGAAGACCAUGUGUUCCAAGUGGAGUCAUUCGAUAUGAUCCACCAGUUCGGCUUUCAGUUCCAGGACAAGCUCUGUGGUGUGGAUCUGUGUCUGGAGUCAGACCAUGGCUGUGAGCAUAUCUGUGAAAGCUCUCCUGGCUCCUUCCAAUGCAUUUGUCUGCCAGGGUACAAACUGAAUGAGGACGGCAAGACCUGCUCAGCCAUAGACCUGUGUGCUGAGGGAAAGCAUGACUGUGAGCAGAUCUGUAUCAGCUCACCAGGGUCCUUCACCUGUGACUGCAAUGCCGGGUACAAACUCAACGACGACAAGAAGACCUGCAUGAUGAUCAACUACUGUUCGUUUGGCAACCACAGCUGUGAUCACGAGUGUGUUAGCGUGCUCAGUGGCUACCACUGUCGCUGUAAUGAGGGCUACAAUCUCCUCGAAGACGGCAAGACCUGCCAGCCCAUAGACCUGUGUGCUGAGGGAAAGCAUGACUGUGAGCAGGUCUGUAUCAGCUCACCAGGGUCCUUCACCUGUGACUGCAACGCCGGGUACAAACUCAACGACGACAAGAAGACAUGCUCAAUGAUAGACCUGUGUGCUGAGGGAAAGCAUGAUUGUGAGCAGAUCUGUAUCAGCUCACCAGGGUCCUUCACCUGUAACUGCAACGCCGGGUACAAACUCAACGACGACAAGAAGACAUGCACAAACCUGGACCUGUGUAACAGUGUGGAGCACGGCUGUGAACACCAGUGUGUCAGCACCCCUGGAUCCUACUACUGUAUCUGCCCCGAGGGACAGCUGCUGCAGGAGAACGGCAAGACCUGUGGCACCUGCAAGUCAGCCAACAUUGAUCUGGUUCUGAUCAUCGACGGGUCCAAGAGUGUGCGUCCCCAGAACUUUGAGCUGGUGAAGCAGUUUGUGAACCAGGUGGUGGACUCCCUGGAUGUGUCAGUCCAUGGAACUCGUGUGGGUCUGGUCCAGUACUCCAGCCGGGUCAGGACAGAGUUCCCCCUCAACAUGUACCACACGGCUGACGAGAUCAAAGCUGCCGUUAUGAAGGUGGAUUACAUGGAGAAGGGCACCAUGACAGGUCUGGCUCUUAAGCACCUGGUAGAGAAUAGCUUCUCAGAGGCUGAAGGUGCCCGCGUCGCCAACCACAACAUCCCUCGCGUAGGCCUCGUCUUCACCGACGGGAGAUCCCAGGACGACAUCACCGAGUUUGCAAAGAAGGCCAAAGAAGCAGGUAUCACCAUGUAUGCUGUGGGCGUUGGGAAGGCUGUUGAGGAUGAGCUCCGUGAGAUUGCCUCAGAGCCUGUUGACAAACACUUCUACUACACCACAGACUUCUCAGCCAUCAACACCAUUGCUGAGAACCUCAAGCUCAACGUCUGUGCAGAGGAGAGCCAGGGAGAGAUUGAGGUAAAGGACCCAUGUGCAUGUGAGAGUCUGGUGGAGUUCCAGCAGGCAACCAUGAGCACUCUGGAGCAGCUCACUCAGAAACUGGCGGGUAUGACAUCCAGGCUUGAGGACCUGGAAAACCAACUAUUGUCCAGGAAGUGAUGCGCUGACCUAAGGCAAUGAAACAAGAAGUCAUCCAUGUAAACAGGAAGUGGAGAUGCAGAGAGGGUAGAAGAAGAGGGCACAGUCAUUCUGUCAAGAACAUCACAGGAAGAAGAAAAAAAAACAUCUGACCAAUUGAUGUAGUAUCUUCAUGGUUAUGCAAAUGACCCUAAUCAAUGACAUUGACGUGUUGAAUUUAUAAUAUCUGGUAAUGCACAUGUGCUUGCACGGAACCUACGACACCUCAGUGACAACUAUGGGAACUGUCGGUAGAGGAUUUACUGUACAGCUGUUCAGACACAAAAUAGCAUUCAAAGAGACAUGUUGGAAAAAGUGUGUCAUCCACCAAAGGUUCCUUCUUGAACCACACAUUUCUCUUUGCAGAGGUCUCUCUUACAGGAACACCAUUAGAACCCGUAUGAAACUCUUUUUAAUUCUGAGAGAAUAGGUGACAUCAUAGCCUCAGUAUUGGUCCCCCAAGCAGGCAUUUCUGUUUGUCAUUGUGCCCUAUUUAUUCUUGACCUGUCUUAAUAUGGGAUGUUAAAUAUUAUGUAUUUAUAGAUAGACAUUUAUACCAGCGUCAACUAUGUAUGUGAGAGAGGAUGAGAUGUAUUACCACUCCUUGAUGUGAGAUUUUGCCCAAACCAAAACCUACCCAAUCCAAAUCACUCAGUUGUUUCAAAUUUACAGGUUUUUCUCGUAUAAAGUAAUGAAUAUCAGUAUUUUUUGAUAUUGGAGUUAAAUUACUUUGACAGGGUAGGCCUACCGAAUGGAGUUAUAUCCUGUAGUUCUACUGUAGGCCUGAACCAUAGCUCCGUAUUAGCAUUGAACAUCAAUAUUGCAACAUUCGCCUUGUAGUAUUAGCAUAUCAACAUUAGCAUCAUUUCACCCAGUCUGAGAAGAAUACAGUAGAUCUAGUUAUCAUUUGCCAUUGUCCCUUAGGACCCGAUUGAUUAAUCACUAAAGGCUAGAAUUAAAUCAAAGCUACAUUUCAGUGUUCAUAAAGUAAAAUGAUGGUACCACAACAAUUACAAUGAGUUUUAAUAGAUUCUACAUGUGUAGAUACAUCAACAUUUAUUGGUUUGGAUGGAACUCUAGCCUGCAAGAUCACUUUGAAUUUUUAAAACAGGAUGUGAUCUUGUUUGUAAAAUGUAUUGAGGUUUUGAAUCAAGCCCCUAUAUGUGAAACCCCAACACUACCAGCUAGAUAUGAAACGGACUAGUGUGUAAUACUCAGCAUUAGACAUAGCACAAACAAAUAAAAAAAACAGCACAUAACUAUCAGUGUAUGUGAAACCAAACAAAACAGGGCCUUGUGGUAUCUUAAAGUUUCUUUGAGUUAGCUUUGUAUGAAAAACGGCCUUGUCAGAUUUAUACCUCUUAUAUUUGGUUACCUGUACUUUUUGUAUAUUUUCUAUUCAAUAACCAUUUUUUUUAUUGUUUUGAGGACUCUGUAAUCUGGCACAGAAGGCAAUAAAAAACUGAAUGUU